AUGGCAUCUAAUAAAGUACCUAAGCUAACCCAUAUAGAUACCACUAAUUUACGGAGUACCAGUGGAGGCGUGCCAUCUGUUGGAGAAACACCCUUAGGUGCAGGGUUUCAGCCGCAGAAAACAUUCCCGUUGUUUAUUUGUAUCACCGAGUACAGUAAGCGUAUGGAUGACGAACUAGAUAUGAGGCCUGGAGACAAGAUUCAAGUGGUCACCGAUGAUGGGUCGUAUAACGAUGGUUGGUAUUUUGGUAAGAAUCUAAGAACACAAGAAGAAGGCCUGUAUCCCAAAGUUUUCACUCAAGUCAUUGCUAUGGAACGCAAACCAGCCCUGAUGAGGGCAAAAAGCUCCAAGAGAAUCGCAAGUCCGUUUGCCUCUGGAAGCAAUACAAAUCUUUCAUACCCGUCCCAGGAUGGGUCCACCAGUGAGCUACCUACCCCUCAGCCGUUAGAAACUGCACAACCCGCAACUUAUAGGAAAUUUGAUAAUAUCAAAGCGCCCAACUCAGACAUGAUAAAAGUUCCUGUGGAUAGGAACAUAUCAAUGAAAAGCACAAUGAGUGAUAUAGAUAAGGCACUUGAAGAGUUAAGGGGUGACUCUUUCCCCUCUGGAACUGAUUCCAUCGAUUAUGAUCAAAGACCUGGGUUGAAAAGACUUGUUUCAGGUUCAUCAUUAGAUUUCACCAAAAGUAAUAGCCUGGCUUCUACUGGAACCAACGAAUUACGCCCAGAAAAUGUGAAGAAUUGGGUUCCGGAACAGGUUACAGCUUACCUCAUCUCAUUGGGAUUCGAUGUGGAAUCAGCAUCGAGGUUCCAAAAGCAUAAAAUUUCAGGUACAAUUCUUUUGGAACUAGAAUUAGCGCAUUUGAAGGAAUUGGAGAUAAACUCGUUUGGAACUCGUUUUGAGAUCUUUAAAGAAAUUGAGGCUUUGAAGGAAAUAUCGACCCAGAAUGGCACUUCUGCCAAUAACAGGAAUAGUUUGAUGCCCGCUGCAUCAUUCAAACAAAAUGCUGGGAUAACGAUAACCUCACCUUCUAACCAUGAUAUUCCAACGUAUCGAGGCCACCUAAGGAAAACAUCACAAUCUAUGGAGGAACUAAAUUCAAAUUCGACUCCAACUCCAAAGAACUUCGUAACCCCAUCGUCUGGAACACACACCAAAAGCUCUCAGAAACCUAGACCAGCAUCCUUGCUAUUUACUAAUGAAACUACUAAAGCUCCGGAUAUUUCAGAAGAUGUGUUCGCGUCGCCUAGACGUGCCCCAAAGCCUCCUUCAUACCCAUCACCAGUCCAGCCUCCAAAAUCACCUAUGGUUAGUGCUUCUAGUUCUGGCUCUGGCGGUAGGUUCUUGUCACCUCAACCUAACGCAAUGUCCAGUGCUCAAACUUCCAAAUACGCACAUCCCACGAUAUAUGAACAAGUGGCAGAUGGUAAAGCAAAGGCAAAGGAGGAAAAAUCGAGGGAGGAUGAGAUUCACGACCAGUUCGAAUUUCCUCCUAAAAGGAAGCAGGGUCCAACUUCUAGUACCCCUAGCCUUCCAAACCCAUAUUUCAAGGAAACACAAUCUAUCGAACGAAACCCAAGUCCAACUGAGCAAGUUUCAGAGAAUCGCGGUAGUGUAGUCUACUCCGGACAUGUCAAAACCAAAUCAGGCGGAUCCUUCGUCGAACUGUUUAACAGGAUAUCAAUGCUGUCGGAAAAUACAGAAAAUAAACAGGCCGAUCGUGAAUCUGAUGCAGAAACUGGUGUUAAUAUGGAAAGACCUUCUUCUAGUGUAUACGGGCAUUCCAGAGCUACCUCAUACUCUACCAAUCAUGGUAGAAAACCUUCCCAAGCCAACUCAGAAAGAAGGCAUAGAAGGAAUUCUUCUCUGCUGUCAUUUUUCAAAGAGAAGGAUGAGCAUGCCGAGACAGAUACUGCACAUACUAAAACAUCAAGAAGGACGUCGGUUUCUCAUAGCAGGAAGAAUUCAUUUGUUAGUCCCUUCAACACUAUUGAUAACGGUACGCCUAGUCAAAGACAUUCGAUGAUGCUAAGUACAUCUCCUAUUAAAGACCUUCCAAACCCCCAAACUCGAAAAGAAGCUAAGAGACGCUCUGUUAGCGCUAAAGAACCUGCCUCGGAUGUAUUUUAUGACGCGAAAGAUACUUUAUACGAACCGGAUGUUAAUCAAAAUAGGUCUGUGAGUGAAUCAACUAAACCGAGAACAGCUCGCGGUACGAGCUCGAAAAAUGUCGGAAAACAAAGAACUACCGCAUUCACGGAAGGUAUCCGUAGUAUUACUAUAUCCGAAGCUAUGCGUGAAGCAGAUUGUUCAGGUUGGAUGAGUAAGAAGGGUACUGGUGCUAUGGGUGUUUGGAAAAAUAGAUUCUUUACGUUGCAUGGUACCAGAUUGUCGUACUUUGCCAAUACAACCGAAAAUAGAGAACGUGGAUUGAUUGAUAUAACCGCUCAUAGAGUGUUGCCAGCAAAAGAAGAUGACAAAUUUGUUUCUCUCUAUGCUGCUAGCACUGGUAAAGGGCGUUAUUGCUUUAAAUUGGUUCCUCCUCAACCUGGCUCCAAGAAAGGUCUAACGUUUACUCAGCCUCGUGUACAUUACUUCGCAGUAGACACCAAAGAGGAGAUGAGAGCAUGGAUAGCAGCUCUUAUCAAAGCUACCAUUGACAUUGACACUUCAGUUCCUAUUAUCAGUUCAUGUGCGACGCCUACCGUUUCAUUAACAAAAGCUCAGGAAAUGCUGUCCCAAGCGCGUGAAGAAACUAGACUGAGAGAGCAGCAAAGGUCACUGAAUGAACAUGACGAAGACUUAUGGGAUCAACAAAGAGCUGAGCAAACUCAAAGUUCUGAAGAUUUUGCUAAUAUUUCCUCGCCAAGUAUUACGCAUAAUACGACUAUCACGUCUGGAUUAACCAGUCCUUAUUUAAUGGCUGGUCAGCUAACCUCAAAUACGACUGCUAAUACUGGAAAUUCAUCGACUGGUUCGAAAACACUAUCAACUCAAGGAGGAGAAUAUUUUGGCCUGGAUCCUAAGUUCAUGAGUAAUCGUAUUUGA